GAAGAUCGAUAGUGCUAUCGAUAGUGCUUUAACAUUCGAGGGUGCAUAAACUCCCUAUCAUAUCGAUACAGGCCAUUCUAAUAGUCGUAAUAUGGUCGGAAUGUCAAAUGCAGUCAGAUGGUAAUUGGUUAGUCGGCACUCGCGCCGGACGCAGUAUUAUUUGGUAGGGAUCUGAACUGAUGUGAUCUGAUUUCAUUAAAACGAUGGCUACAAUUAUUGAGAGGAACGUGAAUGACUUUUGCCGGCUUUGUGCCGGUGAAACGAUAAGUGGUGUUGUGAUUUACAGUUCCGAAGGACUUCAUCUGUGUCUGGAAGAGAAAAUCCUUCAAUGCCUCAGAAUUGAGGUGUGAAUAAUUAUUGGCAUGUUUUCUCAAAUUUGGUUAUUAUAAAGAUAAUAUUGUAUUACAUAGUUAAUGCAUUUUUUGUUUGUGAUCUUUCGGAAGUCAUUCAAGAUCAUGUUACAGAUUGUGUUGUCAAUUUUUUCAAGUAUUUAAUUCAUACUAAAGUGCAAGAACACCUAUGUUGAAUUAAGAAAUUAUUAUGACUUAAUAGUGUCAGAGCUAUAUUUUUAUCUAACUUCACUGUAAAAUUGCUUGCUAUUUGUAAUUCUAACAGAACUGAGUGUUGAUUACUUGUUAUAAUGAUUUGUAUUGUAGAUUUCAAAGGAAGAUGUGCUUCCCAAAAAAGUUUGUUGCCCAUGUCAAACACGUUUAGAAGAAUCACAUCGUUUUGCUGUUCAAGCAAAUGAAGUACAGCGUACUUUGGAACUUUUAGUACAAAAGAGUCGUAUUAUUGAACAAAAUAUUGAUGUGAAAUUAGAGGAACUUGAUAUAAAAGAUGAAAUAAAUGAUCUUCCAUUGGAUGUAACAAUUGAGACUGCUUCUGAAAGAAAAAAUGAAUCGAAGAUUAAUCUCCCUCGUGAAAAUUAUAAUAUUGCAGGUGUACAAUCCUCCACUGUUUCUAAGAACCAAGUAAAGACAGAAAAUGCUAGAAGAGAUGAGUGUUCAAAUAGAUAUGCAAGUAAACUUAAAAAACAGCAUCAAAAAACAGAUUCUGAUUUGCAAAGUAGUGAGCUGGAAACCAACAAAAAUGCCAUGUGUUCAUUUCCUUCACCUUCUCAAUGCCUCGUAUCUGAUGAUGCUGAAAAUACUGAUGCUAAUGAACAAGAGAAGAGAGAAUCCGAUGAAGAUGUAAAAGAGAGGUGGGAAGUUGAGGAGGAAGAAAUAGCAGAUGAAUACGAAAUUGAAGAAAAUGUAGAAGAAAUGAAUAUAAUAAACGAUUCGGAAUCGCAUAAUGAAUUUCAGCCCUACAAAUUGGAUGGAACGACAAAUGAUGAUCUGAUUGAAUCAGAGAUGAAAUUUAGAACUGGCGAGGAAGAAGAAGAGGAAGACGAUGACGAUGAUGAAGAAGGGGAAGAGGGAGGUGAGAAGGAUGUUGAUGAAAGUACAAAAGAAGAAUGGAAGACACAUUGGGGGAUAAAGUGUAAUGAAUGUGAUGAAGUCUUUCCAUAUCGAUCACAAUUUGAUAAGCAUUAUCGAGGUUCUUAUGAUAAGAUACCCAUAUACACAUGCUCAUAUUGUAAUAAAUCUAUGGAAAAGUAUUCAACAUUUCGAUCUCAUUGCUACAGACAUGUUACAGAAGGAAGAUACAGGUGUGAAUAUUGUCAGAAAGGGUUCAGCUUGAGAAGUAUGCUUCAUGUUCAUAUCUUAGCUAAGCACACUUCUGUCAAACCAUUUAUUUGUGAAGAAUGUGGUAAAGGCUUUGUCACAAGACCUGGUUUAAAUAUUCAUCUAAAGAAGCACAAGAAUGACGAAAAACAGGAAUACCCUUGCUCUGAAUGUGGCAAAAUAUUUGCUGAGAAAUCGCAUUUAAACAGACAUAACAGCUUUCACAGUGAGAAACGACCAUUUCAGUGUACUGUGUGUUUGAAAACCUAUAAAACGGAAAGAUGUCUCAAAGUUCAUGCCAUGGUGCAUUCAGAAGCUCGUCCCUAUGUAUGCACAUAUUGUAAUAAAGGAUUUUUAAGUAGCACCAAACUGAAGCAACAUUACAACAUUCACACUGGUGAAAGACCAUAUGCUUGUAAAUUUUGUGAACGAACAUUUACGAAUUAUCCAAACUGGUUGAAGCAUACUAGACGGCGACAUAAAGAAUUUCUGAAUGUAGGAAGUAGUGCGCAGAACACAAGCUCUCAGACUGCUGCUCAAGCCCAGCCUCAGCCGCAGUCUCAGGAGCAGCAUCACCAUCAGCAUCAACAGGAAGGUCAAGAGCAACAGCACGAACAAUUAUUCCAGCACCAACAUUCACAACAUAAUCCUGACAGGAGAAACUCACUUGAUAAUAGUGGUGUUAGUGCACAAACUCAAUUAUCAGAUGUAUCUUCUCAAUUGUCAGAAACGUGUAUGGACCCUGCUAAUGCUUCAUCAUUAGAAAUGUUACAACAGUAUUCUCGCAGUGAACCCACGAAGUUGGAGCAGACUUUGUCUCCACAUGAUACUCAAAAAUGUCAAGUUAUUUCACAUCAGCCAGCCCAUCACCAACCAAUGGAACAGACAUUUUCUCUUCCACAAGUCUAUCCAGAUCAUCUGAUAUCAAUUCAUCCUCAUAAUAUUUUACCACUGUGAUAAACUUCACCACUUUUCAUAAUCGUAUAAUUAUUAUGCAAAGCAUAAACAUAAUGUAUCAAAAAAUUGUAAUAUAUUCAUUUUCCAUUUGUCAAAUUUGUUUUUUAGAACCUCCUCGUUAGAAAAAGAUUAUUGCACAACUAUAACAGUUAUUUUGAUAUUGUGUGUGUUGUGUGUAUGAUAUUGUUUUUUAAUGAUUGAGAUUCAGAAAUUUGGGGUGAGAUCAAGGCAAUAAAACAAGUGAAUGCAUCUCACUUCUGAAAUAUAAAUAUUUUUUCUACAAUCUUAUUAAAAUGCUUUUAUUAUGAAUCUUGAUUUGUUUUGUCUCUAGUCUUCAAAACCUUGUUCAGAUUCGUGAUCAAAUGGGGAUAAUGUUGAAACUGAGGGAGUAUGAAAACGCAUAGCAGCCAAGGAAGUAGUGAUAAUAGAACUGGAAAGUGAGGAUGAGCAGAUGGAACAAGCUGUGAGGUCAAGUGAGAGAGAUCUUUAAAUUGAGAUGUUACCAUGCAAAAAAAAAAUUACUUUUUUUCAUUGUGAUUAUCUUUUAUGAAGACAACUAAGAAAAAAAAAGGGCAACUCAAAUUUCACUUAGCGGUACAUACAAUUGCUCAUUAACUUGUCUACCUACUUAUCCUAAGAAUUAUAGCUUUUCUUAGUGCAUAAUAAAUCAGUUACUUGAAUUUUAUUUUUAAUCCAACAUAUUUAGUCUUACAGCCUUUAUAAUUUUCAUUGAAAAAC